AUUCUGUGAAGCGGUGCGUUUUUCCUUUUCCGUGUUGAAUGUGAUUGUGAUUUCUUGAAUCGUGAUAUGAUUUGUGAAAUGACGAUUUUAGAACAACUCACAUGCGUGUUGAAAUAGUUUUUCAGUUUUAAUGUAUUCGAGACAAAAUUAUUGGACUAGUAAGAAUAGCAGAAGCUAUGUGUCAAAUCGAAAUUUGAUUGUAAUUUAAAGAUAAAGUGAAUUUUGGAGGUAAAAUGCCCGCUUCCAUUUGUGACCCUGUAUCAAACGCAUUGCGUUUGUCUCUUACGGCUGAUGAAUCACAAACUUCAACAUUAUUGGAUAGCAGAUUAUAUUCAUCAGCCAAAAAUGUGCUUCUGUCGAAGAUAGAAUUUGAAGAAUCUGGUGAUUAUCAAAGCAACGUUCUUGAUGGACUUAAAUCAAAAUACGUGGUUAUUCGACCUAAAAAACCUGUCUUGGAGUCAAAAAUCUUUAAAAAGGAUGUCACUACAAGCGGACAGAGUAAUGAUCACACGAAAAAUGGAGAUGAUGGGCUACCAAGACCCAAGAAGAUUUUGUUUCCUGUGGAAAAAGUGCAAUUAGGCUGGCAAGGACCUUGGUCUGCAGGGUCAGGAAUGCAAAAUGUUGGCAACACAUGUUACCUUAACUCUACCCUUCAAGCACUCUUUCAUGUACCUGCUUUUGCCAACUGGCUAGUAUCAGAAUCAUCACAUUCUGAAAAAUGUAAUCAACAAGAGGCAUGUGUCAUAUGUGGCAUGAGAGCAACAUUGAUGGCAACUCAAAAGAGUGGUGGCUCUCCAAUUAAACCAUGGCAAGUCUACUCGAAGUUGAGACUCAUCUGUAGACACCUAACACCAGGACGGCAAGAAGAUGCCCAUGAGUUUCUAAGAUACCUUGUUGAAGCAAUGGAAAAGUGUUAUAUAUCCAAUUUUAUAAAUUCAGACAAGUUGGAUCAAUAUAGUAAAGAGACUACUCCAUUAAAUCAAAUCCUCGGAGGGUAUUUGAGAUCAACUGUACGUUGUCUUGCUUGCCACCACUUAUCUACUACAUACCAGCAUUUUCAGGAUCUUCUAGUGGAUAUCAGGAAACAUUCAACAUUAGAUGAAGCAUUGGAUUCAUUCUUCUCAAGAGAAAGAUUGGAAGAUCUGGGUUAUAAAUGUGAAGCAUGUAAUAAAAAGGUAUCAGCAACAAAACAAUUCUUCGUUGAAAGAGCUCCGAUGGUUCUAUGUAUUGCAUUGAAACGGUUCUCACUCGCUGGAGGGAAGUUAUCUAAACAUGUCCAAUUUAGAAAGAAAAUUACUCUUUCCAAGUAUAUGUUUAACAAAAACACACAACAGCCAUUGUCAUACAAGUUGGUAAGUCUCGUCACACAUUUGGGACCAUCCCAAAAUUGUGGCCAUUACACAGCCAUCGGGCAAGCUCCAAACAGUAAUUACUAUCAAUUUGAUGACAGUUGUGUUCGGUCUCUGCCAUUAUCUGCAGUGCUCGGCACUAAUGCCUAUAUUAUGUUCUUUGAAAAAGACAACUCAAUAGAAGACUUUAACGGACCUUCAACAUCAACCAAUUCCUUUUACGGAAGCCAAGCUUCGGAUAAUAUUCUGAAUAGAGAAAAAAGUCCACUUAAAUUGACCUUCUAUAAUAGAAAUGAUGAACGGAAACUAAUACCUACAAACAGUACAAACAAUAAUUCAAAACCCGAUGUCAAACCUAUAAUAUUAAAUUCAACACUAAGUCAAGCGACAGAUGCCAGCAGCUCAAACUCUGAGCCGUGGGUUGUCAAACAAAACGGUGAAGUGGAAAAGGUGACUGCGCCUAAAAUACUCAAUGGAAUUGAAAAAACUAAUUUCAAAGUUGACGAUAAAAAAAUCAGUUUCAUCUUAAAGAAGCCAGAAGAUGUUCCCAAGUCUAAACUCGUGAAGACUGAGCCAGAGAGUGCAUUUAUCGGUCCGAAGCUGCCGGAGAAAGUUUUAAAUAAAUUUGUAAGGCAAAAGUCACCGUUGGAGAAGUUAGAAGAGCAGAUGAAUAAAGGCAGUACAUCCGGUUAUGUUCAGAGGAAUGGUACUGGGUCAAAGUUAGUGCCGUACGAUUCAGAAUCCAGUAGUGAUGAAAGGAGUGAGAAGUUGACUGAUGAGAAGAAAAAAGAUGAAAGAAAACCUAAGCCUAGUAGAUGUCAGUCACCGCAGCACGUCAUAGUGACCACAAAAGGCAUGCAUCACGCUUGGACGGUGUCAAAUGAAAAUAGUGCACCCUUACUCAGUCCCAGCCUCAACGGAGACACCAACAAAAAACUUAAAGACAAAGAAGACCGAGUGGGUGAAACACAAGAGAGUCCUAACACCAGUGUUAGCAGUAUGUCUCCUCUCAGCGAGCGUGAGCCUUCGCCCCCGCGAGCUGCUCCGGCGCCCGCUGCCCCUCAGCACUCGGGCUCUGCCCUCGAGACGGCCAGGCAUUUGCAGGGCCUUUCCCACAGGGGCUAUGGGGCACCCGUUUCUUCCUGGAAUGGCACUCAUAGUCAUUUAUCGAGACAGGUAUUCGAAGAAAGGCGUGAUGAAAGAAAGCGGGCUCUCAACGCCUCGGACGAAAUGGAUUGCGGUCGUUCGAAAAAAGUGAAAAAGUUCCAUCACUACAACCGUUUCCAUAACAGGCACGAUUAUAAUCCAUUCCAGGAUAAACAAAACAAGAUGCAGUGGGGCCACAACUUCAAAUACCGCAGUGAGCGACGGCCCGGACAACACUACAACAAACAUCAUAACAAGUAUAAGAGAUUCAAUAGAUUCAGCAAUGGCGCCCAUUACAGACGCCAUUGACCCUGGUCGGUCAACAGUUUGACACUGUACAUAGUUGAAUGGACUUUAUGAGUAAGUUAAUUAAGUGCGAACUUACCGCUUGACAUAGUGAAAUUUAGUGACGUCAUAACUGCCUUGCGCAGCCUUAUUUUUUGUAAAAUACGCCGGAAAAGGUCUCAUAAACGUACUUUACGCCUCAAUGUUUUGUCACGUUCUCAUAUUUGAGGAUGAUAAAGACAAAAUAUUCGGUUUGAGGCCCAAAGUACGUUUAUACGCCUUAUUGUGAUUAAAUACGCCUCAUUAGUUAGUGGUUAAUGGUACAUCGUCAAAAGAUGCUCAUUUGUUGUCUUUGUGAGAGAGACAGCUAUAUUUUUAAGUGUUCGCUUGAGUUCAAUAGACAAUUGAUAAUGGUUAGUGUUGAAAGAUUUAGUCUCUUUUCGGCAUUACUUGAGAGAAAGAGAUGGAUUGUAAUCCUUGGUCUAUCUUGCCUUUACUAUAAACGAGACAAAAAAAAAUUGCAUGCAAACUAUUGUGAUUAAAAGAUAAAUAGUAUUUAAUAACGCUUUAAAUAAUAAAAUGCAUAUAUAAUGAUCAUGUAAUGUAUUCUUUGAUUUUUUUUCAUUUAAUGAGAACUGAUAUAAACGCGUUUAUUACAUUUACACUCGAAACCUCUAGUUAUGUAAUGAAUAGCUGUAAAAUCUUAUUAAAAUGUAUAGCUAAUAUUUUGUUUCGUUUGUUUGAACGUGAAGGUAAUUUCAUUUAAAAAAAAACAUUCGUUAACACAUAUUAACAACCACGUGAUCUUCUGUUUCUUUGCUUACUGACAGACAGACAGAUUGACAGACAUAAUUUUUACUAUUAUGAUGAAUAUUUUAUUCUACUUGUUUAACAAGUGUUAAGUAAUGUUUUUAAAGCUUCAGAAUUUGAGGCAACUCUACCGUCAUACGAUCGGAGGGUAUUUGAAAAUAUUUUUUCCGUAAAAUUCAGUUGGAAUAUAUAACUGUCAUUAAGUAAUGGAUUAGUUGUGUUUUUUAAGUUUAAGUUAGGUAAAAUAAGUUCUGUCUUAGUUUUGUAUAGAAGUAGGUUAACUAAUAUUUUUUGUAAAUAGUUUCUCAAGUAUUUUCUUUUACUUGGAUUUUUUAAUAAAACAAUCCGCCAAACUUCGUUAUCGCUGUGAAUAUAUAAUAAUAAUAUUAAAAUAGUUUUUAUAACAAUGAGUAUGAACUAAUUAAACUGAAAUAACUCAAUAAAUUUGAUCGAAUAAAACUUGGAAAGAAAAUAAUUAAAAAAUGUCCGAAAGGUGAUAAUGUAUAGUAAAAACAGCAUGCUUCAUUGUGAGUAAUAAUUCAUAAUAACGCAACAAUAUCUACGCAAUAUAUUGUUUCGUUAUAUAUAAGUACAUAUAAUUACCGAAUUCACGACCUUUUAUUAUUAUUACAAAAAAAUAUACAGAAAUGUCUUAAAUAUGUUGUUUUUUUAUUUAACUUCACACCAGUUAUGAAGUUUGGCGAAGCGCUUAAUAACAGUUGUCAUUUUUUUUAAAUUUAGAAUUGUCUAUUCUAAUCAAUUCUUUAUUCAAAUAAAGAGUUAACAACAAAAUGACAAUUUGCUAUUAGUUUAGAUUUGUUUUAUUUAUAAUCCAUGUAAAUGUCAUGUCGGAGCAUUUUUAAUUUUUGCAUUUUAAUUUAAGAAGACUUAAAACUGUUUUAAUACCAGAAGCAUAUACCUUGUUGCGGCUUUCAAUUGUAAGAGUUAUAUACCCAGUGCAGAUAUGUUGGAAAAGAAAUUAUUCUCUUUAGACUAAAGAGUUUAGUUUUCGUUAUCAAUAGAAUGACUAUUUUUUUGUAAGUGUGGAUUGAAUUGUAUAAGUAUUACAGUAUCAUGGGUUAUAAAAUGUAUAAUAGUUUAAUUUUUGACUUUUAAGUAUGGAUGUAUGUAUGUCCAUUAAAAUGCAUAAAGCAAUCUUACCUAA